GGAGACCGGUUGGUAGUUCCUUCCGGGGCGUGGCCACGAAGGGAGGCGGGUCCUCGAGGGGACGCUGGUUGGCCGGCUGGCCGGCCGCGAGACCGCUCUGCUCUCAUUUUCUCCUCCCCCCCCCUCCGUCGCCGCUAUCGCAGCCUGAGGAGAGUGAACAACCCCAGCGGAGCAGUGGAGGACGGCCCCUGGAAAGCGCUUCGUCCCUGGGUGAGUCAAGCAGCAUUCAAGGGCUAGCUCUCAUGGAAGGACUAUAGCUCAUGGAAGAAAAAAAUCCCAUCAGGACAUCCUUGGUUUCCAGGUUACCAAAGUAUGGAACAAAACCUGUUGGAAGUAUCCUACAGACCGUUCCAAAUGGGACAGCUCUUAACUUAUCAGGGAAUACUCAGAGAAUUGACAAAAAUUUCAGCAAGCACAAUGGCACUCUUCGUAUGUCUUCCUUUUCUUUUAACUGGAGAAAAUCAAACAAGUACCAGCUGGGUGACGCGGUCAGUAGUGAAUCUAGCUCCAGUCACAAUUCCAGUGAAAGACUGACUGAUUCUGAAAAGUGCCCUCAACAAGGAGCAGUUGGUAAAGAAGCACUCAGGAUAGGUUUAUGCAGUGCAUCUUCACAACCUGGAAAACAAAGCAACAUGUUUGUGUCUUCUGCAGAAGAAUUAAGCCAAAAGUCUUUGCCUGGGAAGCCUCGUUCAGCUAAAUUCACCAAAAGUUCGUUGUUGGGCAGGACUUUGUAUUCUGGACUAAAUGCUCCGAAAUCACACUUGAAUGGAAUCUGUGGGACCCAGGCGACUGUAGGCUUGCAGAGGAACAGAGGUAAUUCUACUACUCCGAGAAGUAGCUCAGGAGAGAGUCUGUCAAAGUCAACAGACAGUGUUACAUCUUCCUGUGAAAAAAUGGUUAGGUCGCAAAGCUUUUCUCAUUCCAUUCAAAACAGCCCGUUGCCUCCUGCAUCCUUAACCAGGUCACAUUCUUUUAACAGAGCUGUGGAUCUUACAAGGCCUUAUCAAAAUCAACACCUAGCUAUUAGGACAUCUCAGAGAUCAAAUCUGUUGUCAAGAAGUGCUCGGCAACUGGAGAUACCCAAUGGUAAUGAACCCCUAAGAUACGGGUUUCCUAGAUCUUACACUACUUUAGGGUUCUCUGGAUUGAAGAAAGCACCACUGUCAAAUGGCUCUGGGGAUGCACCAUCUUUAAAAUUCAGAACAGGCCGUCCUUCUUUAUUAAAGCCUAGCAACCAACAUUUGGGGAGAAGGAUUCCAGUGGAUGGUAGCUCAAAUAACGACCCUGAAAAAUGCUUAGAGGAGGACUCAAUAAAUAUCAGUGGAGAUCCUGAUGCGAAAGGCCCACAAAAUAGUGAAAGACCAGAAGGUAGUGAAGCUGGGUAUAAUUUGCUGGAAGAUGCCGGUAAAGUUAUUUGCACAGAUGGUGAUGUAGAUGAAAUAUCUAUAUCUUCCUUGUCGUCUUCUGAUAAAAAUGAUCUGAGUGAAGACUUCAGUGACGAUUUUGUAGAUCUAGAAUAUCGAAACAGAACACUCCGAAUUCAAGAAGAGGCGGUGUCUGUUCCAGAGCUGGAGUGUGGAAAUGAAAUGCCAUUAGAUCAACUUCUGUCUGUUAAGGAAAAUGAAAGGUCCAAUUGUAAUUCUGAUGAGUGGCUGGAUAUUCGUGUGUCUGUCGAUGACAAGAGUGAAAGUGCAAAGCAUCCUUCCGGGAACGUGAUUUCCUCUGACAUGGACUACAGAGCUGGCUCCUCCUUUGAGCUUUCUCCAUCCGAUAGCUCCGAUGGCACCUAUAUGUGGGAUGAAGAAGGACUGGAGCCCAUUGGAAAUGUCCAUCCGUGUGGAAGUUAUGAUUCUUCAGAAAUGAACAGUAUAGAUAUCUUGAAUAACCUUGAUUCAUGCGACCUUGAAGAUGAUGAUCUUAUGCUUGAUGUCGACUUACCAGAAGAUGCGCCCUGUGAUAAUGUAGAUUGCGAAAAUAUGAAUCGUUAUGAGCGACCAGAAAGAAAUAUCAGACAACAGAAGGAAGGGUUGUGGAAGAGGACACCACAACGCUGGACCACUCAAGAUCACUACCAUCUUGGCCAUACUGACCACUACCACCAUGGCAGAAAUGAUUUUAACAGGACGUCCAACUAUUUAGACCCUCCUGCUAUUGGUCAUCUCGAAGGGUAUGGAGCACCGUGCUUGUACCCACCCUUUAUGGGCUUGCCGCCCAACACUGUAAUGCUUGAUGAAAUGACCCUUCGGCAUAUGGUUCAAGACUGCACUACUGUGAAGGCUCAGUUGUUAAAAAUGAAAAGGAUACUUAAUCAGAAUGAUGAAAAUGUGUCACUCCAAAACAUCACUCUUUCACUGCCUCCAAGUCCAGAUCCUCAGGAGCCUGAACCGAUAUGCAAGACUGAUGAGCUGUUGAGUGAGAUCACACAGCUUAAAGAAGACUUAAAGAAAAAAGAUGAAACAAUCAGACGACUUGAACAUCGGCUUUCCAUUCAGUGUGACUGCAACAAAGACAGCCAGAAAUCUGAAGAGGCUGGGUGCACGUAUGCUGACAAAUAUACCCAGACUGCCUGGAGGAAAAGUGCUGGUGGGUAUUCUGCUCCUUCCUUCUCUCCCUGGCAGGGCUCACUCCAGGGCAUCCCUCGGACUGUUCCACCGCAGCGCAGACAGAGAGUUGAGGAGUUAGUCCAUUACUUCUAUGAUAAAGCGUGCCUCAAGUACUACAGCCUUCCAGCCACCUUCCCCGUUUCACAGACCUCGCCCAGGGAAGAGUAAUAAAAACAUCACACAUCGUGGUCCCCAGUGAACAUCCCAGUCAAGACCAACAGAGAAAGCGUGGCCACGAAUAUCAAAAUGCUGCAAACGGCUCCUUCACCCGUAGCCUAAACGAACCAAGCACUUUAAGUAUGCAGUUAAAGAAGCCAGAGGAGAAUGUGCAUUCCGUCAAGAACCUAAAUGCCAGAGUGGAAAUAGGAGAGCUGGCAGGUAGAAAAAUGAGUACGCCGCAGCCUUAUCCCUCCUCUUUGCCAUCGUCUCCCCAACUGAGUACACAAGAAGUCCAGGCCAAAUUAAUCCCGAAAAAACAUCGCUUACGGACAAACCAGGCUCUGCCGCCAAAGACUUCAAAACUGUCAAAGCCCCCCAAUCAGAAUGAUUUAGUGCCUCCUUCAGCCACUGUUGCAGCAGCAUUGCCGGAAGACUGUUCUGCUCCAAAGGAGCCUGAGCUGCCCCCAAGUGGUCCGUCCCAACGGCAGCUGGCAUCCAGUCAAUUGAGCCUGAAUAGUAAGAACCAGAGAACUUCUAAGCUCCGUCCUCCAACAGUUUCCUUUAGGCCCAAGCAGACAGUAAAUCCCAAACCCCCAGUACCUCCCGAGCCUCAGAAUACCUGGUCAAAGGCAAACCACUCGAAACCACCAACGCAGGCAAGAGAAAACAUGCAGAAUCAAAGUUCAAGUGUUCAUUCUGGUGACAGUGGGGCUUCAAGUUGGCAUUCCCGCCUCCCUAAACCAAAGACAUAUUGAAAGUUAUGACUUGCGUAUGUACAUCUCAGUGUCUUGUAUCGCUGCGCUGCUACUGUCAUCCUUUCUCACUUCGAUCAAGGUUCUUCAUUGAAAGCCUGCAGGCAUUGGAAUGAUGCCUCUCUGCUGAUAUUUGACCAGAUAGAAAUAGGAAUCGUUCCUGCAGAAUGUGGUCUAUUGAAUGGUUGCAGAGGCCUGUGGUGUCCAUCAACGGCAUUGAAGAGAACGGCUCGAAUGAAAUCUCUUGGCAAAUGCUAAAGCUUGCAGUGAUCACAGGUGGCUCUAUAGUCCUGCAGUUUGUUUGAGGAGGACCAGGGUGCUUGUUCAAAAUUCUAGUCACAUUUAGUUUGGACAAUUGAAUAAUAAAUGGUUAAGGCUACACUUUUUAAAUUUGGUUCUGAUUUAGCAAUUGUAAGUGAUGGAAUUUGAUCGAGAGGUGAUCUUUUAUCUUCAUUCUCAGCCAUAACUGACUGCAUCUCAAAGGCCUAUGCAAGCUAUCCCUAUUUAUAGCAACACUUUACCCAAGACUUUCUAAAGGAUGUAUAUUUGGUAUUUAAUCUAAGUUUUGUUUUUGCCACAGUGGGUCCCAACUUGCUCUCAUUGCUAUUUUUGGACCUGCAUUCACAGUUUAUUUCACAGGAUCUUAGUUGUAUUUAAAUAUUUAAUCUUUCCAUGUUUUAGGGAUCCUGUGGAAUGCUUCUGUAUUCUAUAGGUAAUGUGGUUGUAACUGUACACCAACAGUUAGGAUUCAUGUUCAAAAUUCUCUUCAUGCAGGCUGUUGUGAAAUAGUGUAUAAUAGAUCUCUGGGCCUAAAGGUCUAUGAGGCCCUUGGGGAAGAUGUUCAUAACAUGUUUAACUGAAGGUUUAACUUUAUUGUAACAUUUUAUUUAUUAAUUUCUGUUAAUAUUGCAGCUUAGACUUAAAAUACCCAACUUAAAAUACCCAACUUGAAAUGUUUGCACAAAACUCUGCCAUAAAUGUAGGGAUUUGAAACUUAUUAUUUUCAUAAUAAAAGCUUGUUUUCAAAACAA